AUGGCAACCUUUCAGGGUGCCGAGGACUUUGUCAUCGGCCUCAUCGGUAUGGGCGACAUGGGCAAGAUGAUCAUGGCCUGCGACAGAGAGGAGAAAUAUGAGGAGCUGGCUGCCGAGUUUGCCGACCAUCGGCCGCCAUUGGUCGUGUUGUCGCUCAGUACGGUCCAUGUGUGUGCCAUCCGUAAUGCCGUUGUGUGUCUGGACAUCAUUCUCACGAAGUGUCACCUUGUAGCAACUCGACUUGGGGCUAUCGUGGGCGGCCAAACGUCCUGCAAAGACCCCGAGAUCAAGGCUUUCGAAGAGCACCUACCCAGCGACGUUGACAUCGUCUCCUGCCACUCCCUCCACGGCCCCAGCGUCGACCCCCGCGACCAACCACUUGUCCUUAUAAAGCACCGCGCCUCGGACGCCUCCUUCAACAAAGUCGAAACCGCCCUGCGGUGCCUCGGCUCCAAGCAUGUCUACCUCACCGCACGCGAGCACGACCGCAUCACGGCCGACACGCAGGCCGUCACGCACGCGGCCUUCCUCUCGAUGGGCAAGGCCUGGCACGCCAACCAACAAUUCCCCUGGGAGGGCACGCGCUACGUGGGGGGCAUCGAGAACGUCAAGAUCAACCUGAUGCUGCGCAUCUACGCGCAGAAGUGGCACGUCUACGCGGGGCUGGCCAUCCUCAACCCGGAGGCGCACAAGCAAAUCAACCAGUUCGCGCGGUCCACCACCGAGCUCUUCUACCUCAUGCUCGAGGGCCGCCGCGACGAGCUGCGCGAGCGCGUCUACGCCGCCAAGGAGAAGGUCUUUGGCCGCGAGGGGAGCCCCAAGUGGGAGGGCCGGCCCCUGCUGCCCGACGGCGUCGUCGACCGCUUCAGCCUCAACGCCAACGCCAAGAGCAACGCCCCCGCCAUGCCCAACAACCACCUCUCGCUGCUGGCCAUGGUCGACUGCUGGAGCGCCCUGGGCAUCGUCCCCUACGACCACAUGAUCUGCUCGACGCCGCUGUUCCGGCUGUGGCUGGGGGUUACGGAGCACUUGUUCCGCACGCCGGGCCUGCUGGACGAGAGUCUGCGCGUUGGUAUCGAGGAUAACACGUUCCGCCGCGAUGAUCUGCAGUUUACGAUUGCCGCGUCCGGGUGGGCCGAGUGUGUGGCUCUGAGGCAGUUUGAGACGUGGAGGGAGCGGUUUGCCGUGACGCAGAAGUUCUUUGAACCAAGGUUUAAGGGGGCGGUGGAGGUGGGGCAGGCUAUGAUCAGGGCUGUAUUGGAGAGCGAGAAGGAGUGA